AUGGAAGAUGUCGACGGUUGUAGCAUUGAAACUGGACGGGAAGACGUCGAAACUCUGGAUGGGGCGGAAGACGUCGCCAGCUGCGCUGUUAAGGCCAAAAGGGAAGACGUCGCAACUGAUAACGGUGCGGAGGACACCGCCGGGCGUGCCAAUGACGUCACGGAGGACCUGCAGAGAGCCGCAGCUGGACGGGAAGAUACUUUCCCCGAGCUUGGCAGUUCAUCGGCAGGCCAUCAAGGCUGCGACGGACAGCGCAACGGGAAAGAACACGGUGAUGGCAGCCAAGUGUUUCCAAUAUUCGCCCAUCCGCGCCGACAAGCAAACAAUAAGAGUUCACAUCUUUAG